UGSUCUGUUUACAGUACAAAUAAUGGAAAGAUGAAUGAUGUGUUUCCUCUGCAGGUGAAGGUAGAAGGUGUGUGUGAGCUGAUGUGGAUUCAGGGAUUCAGCAGCAUGGAUCAGUGUGAGGACAGAGAGGAGGGAGCCCCUCCCUCUAAAACCACUCAGAGGAUACAUCAGAGWCUCAAAGCUGGACCAGAACCAGAACCUGGACUCAGCUGUUUGUCCUUGAAGAGUGACCAGUCAAAGGAUCUUGCAAUAACUUUUAAACCAAACCAGCAUCCACCAACAGAGAGAGUGGACCAGCCGAGCUCAGAGGGUCCCAUUCCUCAAUCUGCCCAGCAGCAUCAGACCCAGCUGGACUCCAUAUUUUUGCUGCUGGAGGACAUUAUGGUCACAUUAGUAAAGGAUGAGCUAAAGAAGAUCCAGAAGGAUCUGAGUCCAGAUUACUCAGAAUGCUUAGCGAGUAAGAGGGACAUUGAAGAAGUGUUGAACAGUGAGGAUGAAGAGCAAAGGAAGAGCAGAGAGGCAUUGAAAAUGAUCACAGUUUACCUUCUGAGGAGGUUGAAGCAGGAGGAGCUGGCUGACCGUCUGCAGAACAAAUGCUAUCCUUCGGGGUGUCAAUGUCACCUUAAAUCUCGUCUGAAGCAGAAGUUCCAGUGUGUGUUUGAGGGAAUCUCUAAAGCAGGAAAACCAACCCUUCUGAAUCAGAUCUACACAGAGCUCUACAUCACAGAGGGAGGGACUGGCAAUGUCAAUGAUGAACAUGAGGUCAGACAGAUUGAAACAGCAUCCAGGAAACCAUACAGUACAGAAACAACCAUCAGACAAGAAGACAUCUUUAAAMGCCUACCUGGAAAACAUCAACCAAUCAGAACAGUCCUGACAAAGGGAGUGGCUGGCAUUGGGAAAACAAUCUUAACACAGAAGUUCACUCUGGACUGGGCUGAAGACAGAACCAACCAGGACAUCCACUUCCUAUUUCCAUUCACUUUCAGACAGCUGAAUAUGCUGAAAGAGACAAAGUUCAGCUUGGUGGAACUUCUUCAUCACUUCUUCUCUGAAACCAAAGAAAUGUGCAACUUUAAAGACUUCCAGCUGCUCUUCGUCUUUGAUGGUCUGGAUGAGAGUCGACUUCCUCUGGACUUCCACAGGAACCAGGUCCUGACUGAUGUCACAGAGUCCACUUCAGUGGAUGUUCUGCUGACAAACCUCAUCAGGGGCAACCUGCUUCCCUCUGCUCGACUCUGGAUAACCACUCGACCUGCAGCAGCCAAUAAGAUCCCUGCUGACUGUGUUAGCAUGGUGACAGAGGUCAGAGGCUUCACUGACCCACAGAAGGAGGAGUACUUCAGGAAGAGGUUCAGAGAUAAGAAGCAGGCCAGCAAGAUCAUCUCCCACAUCGAGACCUCACGAAGCCUCCACAUCAUGUGCCACAUCCCAAUCUUCUGCUGGAUCACUGCUACAGUUCUGGACCAUGUGUUGAUGAGCAGAGAGGGAGGAGAGCUGCCCAACACCCUGACUGAGAUGUACAUCCACUUCCUGCUGGUUCACACUAAAGUCAAGAAGCUSAAGUAUGAUGGAGGAGCUGAGACAGAUCCACACUGGAGUCCAGAGACCAGGAAGAUGAUYGAGUCUCUGGGAAAACUGGCUUUUGAUCAGCUGCAGAAAGGAAAYYUGAUCUUCUAUGAGUCAGACCURACAGAGUGUGGCAUUGAUAUCAGAGCAGCCUCAGUGUACUCAGGAGUGUUCACGCAGAUCUUUAAAGAGGAGAGAGGACUGUACCAGGACCAGGUGUUCUGCUUCAUCCAUCUGAGUGUUCAGGAGUUUCUGGCUGCUCUUCAUGUCCAUCUGACUUUCAUCAACUCUGGAUUCAACCUAAUGGGACAAGAUGAAUCAUCUAAGAAUCCUAGAACAUGUGAUCUAAAUUAUCUUCAUCAGAGUGCAGUGGACCAGGCCUUAGAGAGUUCAAAUGGACACCUGGACUUGUUCCUUCGGUUCCUCCUGGGUCUUUCACUGCAGACCAAUCAGAGUCUCCUACAAGGCCUGCUGGCACAGACAGGAAGUAGCUCAGAGAUCAAUCAGGAAACAGUCCAGUACAUCAAAAAUCUGAUCAGUGAGAAUGAGUCUGCAGAGAAAAGCAUCAAUCUGUUCCACUGUCUGAAUGAACUGAAUGAUGCUUCUCUAGUAGAGGACAUCCAACAGUCUCUGAGGUCAGGGCGUCUCUCCACAGAUAAACUGUCUCCUGCUCAUUGGUCAGCUCUGGCCUUCAUCUUACUGUCAUCAGGAAAAGUUAUGGAUGUGUUUGAUCUGAAGAAAUAUUCAGCUUCAGAGGAGGCUCUUAUGAGGCUGCUGCCAGUGGUCAAAGCCUCCAACAAAGCUCUGCUGAGUGUCUGUAACCUGUCAGAGAGAAGCUGUGAAGUUCUGUCCUCCAUUCUCUGCUCCCAGUCCUUCCGGCUCACAGAAAUUGACCUGAGCAACAACAACCUGCAGGAUUCAGGAGUGAAGCURCUUUCUGCUGCCCUAAAGGAGCCACACUGUCACCUGGAGUCUCUCAGGCUGUCAGGCUGUCUCAUCACACCGGAAGGAUGUGCUUCUCUGGCCUCAGCUCUGAAGUCCAACCCCUCCCAUCUGAGAGAGCUGGACCUGAGCUACAAUCAUCCAGGAGCCUCAGGAGUCCAGCUGCUGUCAGCUGGACUGAAGGAUCCAGACUGGAGACUGGACACUCUCAGGGUGGAGCCUGCUGGAGACCGAUGGUUGACACCAGGUCUGAGGAAGUAUUCCUGUCAGCUCACMAUCGACACAAACACAGUGAGCAGAGCCCUCCACCUGUCUGACAACAACAGGAAGGUGACUCGUGUGAAGGAGCUUCAKUCAUAUCCUGAUCAUCCAGACAGAUUUGAUACCUGGUCUCAGGCGCUUUGUAGUACUGGUCUGACUGGUCGCUGUUACUGGGAGGUCCAGUGGAGAGGAGAUGUUCGCAUAUCAGUGAGUUACAGAGGAAUCCAAAGAAAAGGAGGCAGUGAAGACUGUGUGUUUGGAAACAAUGACCUGUCCUGGAGUCUGAGCUGCUCUGAUGAUGGCCGUUAUUAUGUCUGUCACAAUAACAUAAAAGCGUUUGUCUCGUCCUCCUCCUCYKMCUCUSACACAGUAGCAGUGUAUGUGGACUGUCCUGCUGGCAUUCUGUCCUUCUACAGAGUCUCUUCUGACUCACUGAUCCACCUCCACACCUUCAACACCACAUUCACGCAAACCCUCUAUUCUGGAUUCAAAUGUUGUGUUGCAUCCUCAGUAUUUCUGUGUUGAGUUUAUAAUAGUCUUCUCCURUCAGAGACACUCACUGAAGAACAAGUAGUUCAUUUUGUACACGUGUGCUUCUUUCACUCAGAAACAUGAUUUCACAUGACCUUAUCCUGAACAAAUUCUGCAGGGUUUUGAUUUACUUCCWGAGUUUUUGAGGGGUCCAAGCCCACAGAGCAGGGGAAAUGCAGCUGAAAAGCAGCAGUUUCCAUGUAUCCAGCAGAGCAUGGAACCCUGUUGUUUUUGUUCUGUUUUAGUUUAUUAUUAUUAUUAUUAUUAUUAUUAUUAUUAUUAUUAUUAAGAACGUGGAGAAAGUGUGAUAUGCAAAUGUUGAGACAAAUUCAGUCACAGCUCAUCAUGAAGGCAGGCAGAUGAUCCUGGCCUCUUUUGAGGCCCUCCUGCAUCAGGGCCAAAUGCUUUCUCCUCUACCCCCCACCUCACCAGRUGAUGUCCAGGCACCUGCAUCAACAUCAGCUCCAAUCAAGGGUUACUACACACAGAAGUUCUGUUAUCAGAUUCCACAUACCCCCUCACAAAGUCCCCUGAUCUACCCCCCUCCUGGCUGGUCUAACCCUGUACCUGGAGUCAAAGGUCAGCCUGUAUCUUUCUGGGGCCCAUCUCCCAACCAUAACACUCUCAUUCCAACCUCAUCUGUGGCCCCCACAGAGGCUAUAACUCAACGAAUUGUCUUCUUCCCACCUGCUCAGUAAAGUAAUAAAGUCUUUAGUUGGAACAGAGAGAAGUUCCAGAAAUCUAUAAUUUACUUCUGUCUAAAAAUUGUGAGUUUACCGGGUUAUCCUAGGCUCUCAGUUUGCUAAAAGUAAUGUGACUCUUAUUCCCCUCUAAACAAAAGAAAGAGGGGGGGUAAAAGGAAAAGUUUAUUAUUCAUGCAUAUGCUAAAUCAGGAGGAGUAUAUUUUCUUCCUGUUAGACCCAAGGGGAGAGAGUUCUUGGGGCAYCUGACCUAAUAACAUCCGUCUGUGGAAUAAUAGAGCAUUUUAUCUCUAGUUUUGGAUUUCUUUGUUUUGGAUUUUAUAAAUAAUAAGGAUGCAAACACCUUAUAAGUAUUAUCCUGUUUUGAUACUUUUUCACUUUAACAAAACUUUUUGCUAAGAGAGCAAAUCCAU